CGGCAUUUCAGGCUCAGGUACCAAAGCCAGAGCCUCCAUGUCUCUGUUCCGCACCUCACACUACACCGAGACUUAUCCAGCAGGCCGGGUCACCCUGCCAGUGGGCUCGCCAUUGUAUGUGGGCGUCUCUGUGGAGGAGAGAGAUUCAAGCUUUGCAGUUGUUCUGGAGGACUGCUACGCCACUCAAUCAUCAAACCCUGACGAUUCCAUCCAACACCCUCUCAUCCAGAACAAAUGUCCCACUGACCGCCAACAAGUGUCAGUGAUUGAGAGCGGCUCAUCCCUCCAUGCUCGUUUCUCUGCCCUGCUCCACAAUGAUUAUAGGGACGUUUACCUUCAUUGCAGCCUCAGCCUGUGCGAACGGACGAGCUUCUCUUGUGUUCCUCCUUGCACAAGUAGGACCUAUCGCUCUGUUUCCAACUCUGAUCGUCUGAGUACCCUCAGCAUUGGACCAAUCAUGUGGGACAAGUCACCUGAGUGAGCUGGUAA